AACCAAAUUAUUCUAUUAUUAAAAAAAAGAAAAUCAUAGUUUUCAUUUGUUUUUACUGGGUAAAAUGUACAUGUUACCCCAAGGGUUCAGAAGCCGAGGGACACGUCAAUACUGUGACCACUGUAGGAAAAUCAGUCUUAGAAAUGAAACUAACCAUUAAUUGACAUUUUGUUUCCAGUUGUGGAAAUAAAACGAGAUACGGCCUCUCUCGCAGAAGCACUUGAACGAAUUGUUGUUUCGCUCGCAAGCACAAAGGCUUGUUUCAUAUUGUGGAGUGCCUCUGUGAAAUUAGCUCUACGAAAUCAAGUUGUUCGGUUCGUUAACAGCCGCCCCUAGUUUUAAUUUAACUAAAAGAAAAACCUUAGAGUGCUGAACGCCAGUAUCUCCUCGGUAAUAAGUGCUUCGAAAUUUCCUGGAGAUGGUGAUUUGAUUAAGUUAUUUAAGAUCCAAAGCGAAUGUCUAACUAGACUUCGGGGAGACUGGCUUGCUUAAACAGCGAUCGGUAUCAGUUUGCAUCUUUGAUCAUCGCUCUUCAUAUCUUUAAAGCGAAGCCGAGCACCGAAGAGAAAACUAGUUUUAAUACGAUGCAGAUUUUUUCUGCAACCACGCAGGCUAUAAAAGAUAUCUAAAAGACCAACGCAUCUAUGGGUACUUUAUCUGCAGGUUGGCAAGUGUUUGUUUUUUAACACCGGGUCAAUGCAUUGAAUUCUCCGUGAGAGCAGAAAGCCCCCCAAAAAUGAAAUCUGUAUCCUAUUUUUAUAAUCAAUUAAACAUGGAUGUCCGCCUCGGCGACUAUGCUUGUUGAAGAGAAGCAGCACCGCAUGGGAGGAGUCGGGACGGACAGCUGGCUCUCUGAUUGGCCCCCGCACAGGAAGUAGCCCUGAAACGCUUUUCUAUUUGAAACGCCAAUUGACAGGGACCCCCUUCGCCUUCGCCAAAAUAUGCCCUAGCAAUGUCAUGCUCUGAAAGAUCCCCUUGCAACGCUUUUUCUGUUAACUCUUUAAUAAGCGGCGGUCACGGGGAGUCUCCCUGCGCCAUCUAUCAGCUCGACGGUUCCGCCCAGGAUCCCUGGGCUUCGGUGUCAAGUCCGGACAAAGUCGGGAAAAUGAAUCCGCACCACCGCCAGCCGUCGCAGCCGACAGUGGGUUUCCCCUCGCACCAGUUUCACCCGGGGCUGGCGCACUGGGGAGAGCACCCGAGCCCCGAGCGAGCCCAGCAGGUGAGCGCUUGUCCCUACGGCGCGUCCAUUGGAAAGGACGAUUCCUCCUACUUCUUCCUCGAAACGGCCAAGCACCCUAAACCGCUGCCAGAUGUUUCCGCCUUCACCAGACUCGUGUCGGAGAUGGGCUCGAUGAGCAGCGCUGCCGGGCCCAUCCAGGGUUACUUCCGUCCGGAGCAGUCCUACACGGGGCUGAAACUCCUCGAUUACAGCGCCCCGGACCUGCCUCCGGGCGCCCACCCCUCCUCGUCCCACUCGGACUCUCAGCAGCUGUAUGACCUGGGCUUUCCCGAGCAGCACUGCACGGAAUCGGACAAGAAGACCCCGAGCGAUGAUGUGACACCUGGCAGCCCCCUCUGUCCGCCACAGAAGGGCAGCAGCCACGGCAUCAUCGUCAUCAACCACAACCACCACAACAACAACAACAACUGCAAGGCAGACGUAGCUCCGGGACUGCUACAGGACAAACCCCUCUCGGAAUUUCCUGCAGGCGAUAAAACUCCUGGACAGGACGCGCAAGAAGACUCAAAGGCUGAAAGUGCCGCUACCGGCUGGCUGACCGCGAAAGCCGGAAGGAAAAAGCGCUGCCCGUACACCAAACACCAGACCCUGGAGCUGGAGAAGGAGUUCCUCUUCAACAUGUACCUGACCCGAGAGCGCCGCCUAGAGAUCAGCCGCAGCGUCAACCUCACUGACCGCCAGGUCAAGAUCUGGUUCCAGAACCGGCGGAUGAAACUGAAAAAAAUGACCCGAGACCACAGGGCUCGAGACGUGACUGCACACUUCUCCCUGUGACGCUCCGGGGGGGGUUUCGGGGUCUCGGGGACAGUCAGAUCCGGGACGCAUCUCCUCCCAGACUCUGAAGCGGCGCCGCAGGCCUGGAGAGACCGGACUAGAGACCAUCCAGAGACUCAGAAGACCAGACACUUGCAUGGAGACACGUUUUCUUAUUAUCUUAAAGUUCUACGUUCCAGAGGUCACUAAACACGGCCUCCAGUAUAACCUAACCUUGGACCACGGAAGCACCUUAUAGUUUAUUUAAACGGUCUUAUAAAUGGUGAAAAUGUGAUGUAAAUGUGUUUCGUUUCAUUAGUUUACUCCUUCGAUUUCUCCUCUUCCCCUAUUUGGCCUCCGCAUAAACGAUGCGACUGGUUGUGCAGGUCUUCUUCCUCUCUCCUGUUUACAGGAAAUGUGUGUAGGGAAUUUACAACCAAAGACGUUUUCUUUUAUAUAAAAAAGCUGCAUUGCGGUUUGAUGUUGUAUUUCUUUAUAUUGUUUACCCUGUCUUUGCAUAUUUAGGAAAAGCAUCUUAAUUUCCCCCCGGGACGCUAAGUUAAAGAGUGUUACAAAUACAAGCACACAACGGACUUGA